UCGCCUCCGCGGCCGCUCCCCGGCGGCAGCAGCAGCAGCGGAAAGGCGGCCACCAUGAACCGCUUGGGGAAGAAAGCCAACGAGACCCUCAUCGAGAUGGCUCUGUCUGCGGACGAUGACAUUGCGGUUCUCACCAAGUUCACGCCGUCACAGUCAGAAGGGGAAGAAUGCAAUGGACCUGAAACUAUUUCAACUGCAGGAUCAGAAAUCCCAAGCAGCUCUGAGGGCCUAAGCAGCACUGAGACUACUUUACUCAUCCCUGAACAUCAAGUGCAGAGUGGAAGGAAGUUUAAUCUGUUCCUGAAGCGGCGUCUCAGGAUUGAUAAAAGACAUCAAAGCAAAGAUUCUAUUUUCUUCAGGGAUGGUGUCAGGAGAAUUGAUUUUGUUCUCUCCUAUGUGGAUGAUCUUAAUAAGGAAUGGGAAAAGAAGUUGGAAAGGAGAAAAGAAUUCGAGAGCAACCUGCAAAAGGCUGGUUUGGAGCUGGAAACAGAAGACAAGAAGGAAUCUGAAGAUGGCAAGAUUUUCUUUGUGAAGAUCCAUGCGCCAUGGGAGGUUCUGAUCACGUAUGCAGAAGUGCUGAACAUUAAAGUUCCCAUCAGGGAAAAUGACAUUCCCCCCAUGGUGGAGAACCCCCUGGACUGUGUGCUUUUCCCACUGAGGCUGCCUGAGAAGGUGAUGCACCCUGAACCAGAUUAUUUCACAGCACCAUUCAGCAAGGACAAGCAGGAGCUGUACCUCAUUAACGAUGAGAGCACUUUCUUCUCACCAUCCAUGAGAAACAGAAUAGUUAAUUAUAUUCUUACACGUUGCCCAUACGGAACAGAAGAAGGGAAGAAAAAAUUUGGGAUUAAGAGGCUGCUGAACAAUGGCACCUAUACAGCUGCAUAUCCUCUUCAUGAUUGCCAGUACUGGAAGAAGGCCAGCGACCCCAACUGUGACAGCGAGAGGUACACGCUCUACAUGGAGUGGGCACGCUUCCUGCGCUUCUACAAGGAGCAGCCCUUGGUCCUUAUCAGAAAGUACUAUGGUGAGAAGAUUGGAAUCUAUUUUGCCUGGCUAGGAUUCUACACCGAGAUGUUAUUCCUUGCAGCAGUUGUUGGCUUAAUCUGUUUUCUUUAUGGCUUGUUUACAAUGGAUGAAAAUAUGAGCAGCAAAGAGAUCUGUGACCCUGCAAUUGGAGGAGAGAUCAUCAUGUGCCCCCUUUGUGACCGAGACUGUGAGUACUGGAGGCUGAACACCACCUGCGAGUCCUCCCAGUAUUCCCAUUUGUUUGACAACGUGGCAACUCUUUUUUUUGCCAUUUUCAUGGGUAUAUGGGUUACACUUUUCUUGGAGUUCUGGAAGAGGAGGCAAGCAAGACUGAAAUAUGAAUGGGAUUUGGUUGAUUUUGAAGAGGAACAGCAACAGCUCCAGCUGAGGCCUGAGUACGAGGCAAAAUGUACCCAAAAGAAGAAAAAUCCUGUAACUCAGGAGAUGGAGCCUUAUCUGCCUUUGACUAGCCAGGCUGUGCGAUUCUGCAUCUCAGGAGCCACAGUGCUGUUCUGGGUGUCCCUGAUCAUAGCCAGCAUGAUCGCGGUGAUUGUGUACCGCCUGGCGGUGUACGCCGCCUUCGCCAGCCUCAUGGAGAACACCCAGACCCUGCAGCCCAUCAGCGGCGUGCUCACCCCGCAGCUGGCCACCUCUGUCACCGCCUCCUGCCUCAACUUCGUCAUCAUCAUGAUCCUCAAUUUCUUCUACGAGAGAAUCGCCAUCUGGAUCACUGAUAUGGAGAUCCCCAGAACUCACAUGGAGUAUGAGAACAGGCUCACUAUGAAGAUGUUUUUGUUCCAGUUUGUCAACUACUAUUCAUCCUGCUUCUAUGUGGCCUUCUUCAAAGGGAAGUUUGUUGGUUACCCAGGUGGCUACACAUACAUGUUUAGUCGCUGGAGAAAUGAGGAGUGUGAUCCUGCAGGCUGCCUGAUAGAGCUGACGACACAGCUCACCAUAGUCAUGGCUGGCAAACAGAUCUGGGGAAACAUCCAGGAGGCCAUUGUUCCCUGGAUUUGUAACUGGUGGGGCCGUCGGAAAGCCAGAAAUAAUCCUGAGAAUUUAUACAGUCGCUGGGAGCAGGACCAUGAUCUGCAGACAUUUGGAGCCUUAGGCCUGUUCUAUGAAUAUUUAGAAAUGGUCAUUCAGUUUGGAUUCAUUACUCUCUUUGUGGCGUCCUUUCCCCUGGCUCCCCUUCUUGCUCUGAUGAACAAUAUCCUGGAGAUUCGUGUAGACUCCUGGAAGCUGACCACUCAGUACAGAAGGCCUGUGGCUGCCAAAGCACAUAGCAUAGGAGUGUGGCAGGAAAUCCUCAAUGGCAUGGCCAUCCUGUCUGUUGUCACCAAUGCUUUCAUUGUUGCAUUCACGUCAGAUAUGAUUCCUCGUUUGGUUUACUACUAUGCUUAUUUUGAAAACGAACACUCACCAAUGUCUGGAUACAUAAACAACAGCUUGUCAGUGUUUCUAAUCUCAGAUUUUCCUCAGGGAAAGGAACCUAAAGAGAAUCCAGAAAACUUUGUCAUAUGCAGGUACAGAGACUAUCGAUAUCCUCCCGACCAUGAGAAGAAGUACAUGCACACUAUGCAGUUCUGGCACAUUCUUGCUGCAAAACUGGCCUUUAUCAUUAUUAUGGAGCAUGUUGUAUUCAUCGUCAAAUUCUUUGUAGCAUGGAUGAUCCCUGAUGUUCCUGCAGAUGUGAAAGCCAAAAUAAAACGUGAGAAGUAUUUAACACAAAAAAUCCUACACGAGUAUGAACUUGAAAAACUGAAGGAGAGACUGUGCCAAGGUGACACACGAGCCACAGAGAAAGAGUUCAUCGCCACGGAAGGGAGGAUGGAGCUGUCCAGAGCAAUGUAACCCAAACCCAGCUGCUUUGGGACUUAGCUUGUUCUUGCUUUCUUUAUCUGUGGUUUGCUCAGUAUGCAUCAUGUUGAAAGCUGUAGGAGAGUUCAGCUCUUCUCUUUCAGUCCAAAGAUUUUCGAGUUUUCUUUAAAAGCUUUACUGAGCUUUCAAAGUUUAGGAAAUCUACUGAACUGUGUCAUUUCAGCACUGGUUUUUAUUUACUCAUGACUCUGAAUAGUAAAUGUAAUCCUGUAAUCCUAGAAUUUGGACUCCUGGUACAGGGACUGUUAACCUCAAAGGGCUCACAGGACAUGUUAAAGUCAUUUACCACCAAGCCCCUCUCCCUGUUGCUAAUUGCAGCAUUCCAGGCUGUGUCCCAGCUGGCUGAAAAGGACACCACAGAGGAGCACUGCUGUGGAAAAUGCUGAAAAUUAUUAUUUUUAUUAUGUGGUAAUUUAAAUAGAACACUCCUGAUACAAGGAUUAAGGUUUGGGGCUUUUUUUUAUAUUCACUAUGUCUUACGAAGCAUUGGUUUGAACUUCUAUACGUUUUAUAGAAGGAAUUGAUUUUUAAAGAUAUAUUGGCUUAAUUCCACUUGGAAUUAUUUAUAGGCACAAAAUUCAGUUAAUACAAUAGUGAAGGGAAUUAAAAAAUAGUGAAGGGAAAAAAAGCCAUAAUUUAUUUUCCUAAAGAUACAAUUUAUGGAAGAGUUUACUCUCUAAAUGCAGAUAUUGUGGAAUCACCUAAUUGCAGUGGGUUUUGAAAAUAUGUGUAUGAUUUGGAGAAUAACAGUUAUUUAAUUUCUCAUUCUCAAAAACUCUCAUUGGAAGAUUAUGUUUGACUUUUUUCUUUUUUUUUUUGGCCGAAGCUGCUUGUUUAUUUAUUUUUGUUUGGAUUCCCAGUGAAUGCCAUCAAAGGGCUAAAGGUGUGUGUCUGUCCUCAAUGCACACUGUGGGGUGUGCCUGCACUCCAUGGCCAUGGGCUGGGAGCUGGACCACCAUAGCAGCUGGUUUAGCUGAAUGGUUUGGUCUUGGAUUUUUAUCCAAAAGAUUUUAAGCAUGCCAAAUAAUGUAUGUU